AUGUUUUCGACAGACGAGCGCCUGGCAUCGUUUGCCGUCGCCUCCUCGUCCGCGUCUGCGGCCAAGAAGCGACAGUCCACCAAGGCGACAUCACCGCUCCAAUGGCCCCAUCCCGUCACGGGCCGAAGCGCCAAAACAUCGGGCAUCCCCACUCCGGAGACGCUCGCCAAAUACGGCUUCUACCACUCACCCACAUCAGACACGCCAGACGCUGUCUCGCAUUUCCUGUAUCCAAGCGUUCAGAUUUCAGAUUGGCAGGCCAACGACGAUCCACUGUCACGUCUCGAGCAAGCUCUCCCGGACAACGGCUGGUCGCGCAUCUUUCGAAGUCAACAGACCGCCGUGUUUGAUGAGGAUGCCAACGUCUGGAUUUGGCAAACGGCACAACUUCUGCCAACCAGCAAAGAGAUGAUCCAGGCUCGAAAGGAGUCGUUCGGCUCGCAAUGGCCCUACGACGGCAAGAAGGGCUGGAAGCCUACCAGCAAGAAGCUCGCCGAAGCCGGCUUCUACUUUACCCCGACCGAGGAGGAAUCUGACAAUGCAAAGUGCGUCUACUGCAACAAAUCGUUGGGCGGAUGGGAAAAGUCGGACGACCCCGUACACGAGCAUCAACGACGCGUUCCGGGUUGUGCGUUCUUCAAUUGUGAGCUUCGCGAGGCUGUUGCCGAGCCAGCAGCUGCGGAUGAAGGCACGGCGGAAGAUGUCGCUCAAGAGGUCGUCCCGGAUGUCACUACUGCGAAGAAGGGAGGCAAGCGCGCCGUGUCUGCAAUGAACCGCAAAGCAUCCGCGAAAGUGACAAAAGGCAAGAAGUCCGCCGCAGCCUCAAAACAGCACGAGGAAGAAGAGGAAGAGUCACCGACGGAUGCAGCAACGGACGCAGCCGCGACGGCGGACGAACGGGCAAUCGAGGAAGCACCAGAGCCGGUCAAGAAGGGAGGUCGCAAGACUCGCAGUGUAUCCACCCAAAAGCUCGCAGCAAAAGCGCAGGCGGAAGAAAACUCUGAAGCCGCAGAAGAGGAAGAGCAAGAGCCUGCAACUGUGCCAGCGGACGAGGACGAAGCAGUGGAGGAACCGGUCAAAGUGCUUAGCAAAAAGAAGAGCGCAACAGGGUUGGGGAACGGUAUGGCCGCCCAGGUGUCGUCGUCAACAUCAUCAUCAUCAUCAUCAUCAGCGCGUCCGACGCGAGCCGCGAGCAGAAGGGCCACCAAAGCCAUCAACCUGCUUUCGGACGAGGGUCUCAACCGCAAACUGAGGAGGCCGGACGAGGAGGACCUCGAACGGCGCGAAUUGGCGCUCUCUGAUCCCGUCACUUUGCCCAGUGCACCGAGCGGGGAUCACCUCGAGCCCGCGACGGACCCGAUUCUACCGGCCAAGCCAAAGAAGAGUCGAUCCAGGUCGAAGAAGCUCGAUCAGGAGGCUUCGACCCCAAAACAGGCCUCUCCAGAGCCAGAGUCCGAGGCAGAAGUUGCCAUGGAGGAGGAUCCGGUGAACAACACCAUCAUCGAACAUCAAGAAGACGAGGAGGAGGAGGUGACGAUGGCAGUCGAAGAGGAGGGCGUGGAGCCCGAGGAAGAGCCAAAGAGACGCGGCGGUCGUGGGGCCAAGAGCAGCUCGGCAAGCCUCUCGUCCACCCAAACGACCUCAUCCGGGACGAAGUCGCGCAAGGCUUCCGCAAAGAAAGCGAGCGAUCAGGUUGACGCACCAGGUGGUCCGGUUGCGUUCCCAUCCAUGAGCUCGGAAACGGACGUGGAGCCAGCACUCGAUCGCUCUUCUCGAUCGGUGUCCAACGCGCUGGAAUCGAUCGCAUCGAAGGGGUUUAGCGCCAGAUCUGCAUCCAAGCGAGGCUCGACCAAGUCCAGCUCGGCCGCAUCCGCCGAAGACGUCAUCGACGCGGACUCGGACGUGCACUCUGACCUCCCGAACGCUGGAUCACAAGCGACCAUUCGCGGUGCACCCCGAUCGUCGUCCAUCGCGAUGAUUUCGUCGACUGCUGCAGGCCGAACUCCCCUCGCCAACAUUACUCAACUGAGCUCGCUGAACCUCGACGCUGCGCAGAGGACGAUGACGGUGGGCGAGUGGCUGCAGGCGAAAGCGGAAGAGGCUGCGCGGGAGAUGCGCGCCGAGGGCGAGGCUCAUUUGGUGGAGCUGGAGAAGCAGCUGCGGAGUGGGAGGAUCGAUGUUGAGAGGGUGUUGCGUGGACGUGCGUGA